AUGGCUUCUGCUUCUUCCACUAAAGUGACCAUGAAACUUCUAGUUGACACAAAGAAUCAGAAAGUGCUUUUCGCUGAAGCUUCAAAACCUGUUAUAGACUUCCUCUUCAAUUUGCUCUGUCUCCCUGUUGGAACUGUGGUUAGGCUCCUGACCAAAGAUGACAUGGUUGGCAGCUUGGGAAAUCUAUACAAAAGUGUGGAAAAUCUCAAUGACAACUACAUGAUACCAAACCAAGACAAAGAUGUUCUGUUAAAGCCAAAAGCUCCCAUCUCUUCAACUCAAAUAGCUGGCCUUCUUCCUGCUGCAAACGAUAACGUUGCUGAAGACAACCUAGGACUUUCCUUCUUCAUGUGCCCGAAUCGUUGUGAGAAUUAUGUUACAUGUGAUAACACAACUCGUUGUCCUCGGCGGUCGUACCACUGCGGCCAAACUAUGAACGUGAAAUUAAAUUAUAUUGGAAAAAAGAUUGUUACUGAUGAUCAGGGAAGUUCCAUAAAGAGUGGGUUUGUGAAAGAGAUAGUGACUUUCAUGGUGUUGGAUGAUUUAGUGGUUGAGCCAAUGUCAACCAUUUCAAGCAUUACCUUGCUCAACAAGUUCAAUAUCAAAGAGGUCGGUGUCUUGCAAGAGAAGGUGGUUGAGUUGGGCAUGGCUGAGGGUAUCAAGAUUCUUAAGGCUUCUCUGCAGUCCAAGACCGUUUUGACAAGUGUGUUCCUCAAGAAAGAAUAUUGA